CGACGGACAAGCGAGAGGAAAGGUGUCAACGACCAAGAAUAGAAGUUAUUGCCGCAUUUGUCCCGAUCACACCAUGUGCUUAUUUCCUUCCGAUUGCGAGAGCGUGGACUGCAUUAAUAUGGAGAACGAUGAUCUCGACGAGGAGGAUAUCGAGACCGUGCUCGACAGUCAUAAUCGUUAUCGCGUUGCCAUUGCGAACGGCAAGGAGAGCCGCGGUAAUCCCGGGCCGCAGCCCGCCGCGCGGACCAUGAUGGAAUUGAUCUGGGACGACGAACUCGCCGUUAUAGCGCGUCGAUGGGCGUUGCAGUGCAAGCUCUUCGAGAAGGAUCAGUGCCGAGACGUUGGCAAGCGAAAACGCUCUACACGAGGUCCAGGUCCACACGGGUAUCUUAUUGAAACGAAGUCGCUUGUUGCAGAACGAUUUGGAGUGUGGCAGAAUGUAAAUGCACUCGACAUGGACAGCGAGGGAAAUGGCACGAGUAGAGAAAGAAUUCACUUUCAUAUUACAUCGUGGUACGAUGAAGUGGAGGACUUCGACAACGCGGAAGUCGGGUAA